AUGGCGGUGCGGAGCUGCAGCGCUUGGCGGCGGCUGCUGCUGCUGCUGCUCCUGGCCGGCUCCGCCGCCAGCCCGGCGGAGGAGGGUGGCGGGCGGCGGGAGGCGGGCGGCGCGGAGCACGGCGAGGAGGCGGCGCAGCCUCCCCACGACUCCUCGUACGGCACCUUCGCAAGCGAGUUCUACGACCUGCGCUACCUCUCCGAGGAGGGUUACCCUUUCCCUACUGCUCCUCCUGUGGAUCCAUUUGCGAAAAUCAGAGUGGAUGACUGUGGGAAAACCAAGGGAUGCUUCAGGUAUGGUAAACCUGGAUGCAAUGCAGAGACUUGUGACUACUUUCUGAGUUACCGCAGAAUAGGAGCUGAUGUUGAAUUCGAGUUGAGUGCUGAUACUGAGGGCUGGGUGGCAGUCGGAUUUUCCUCAGACAAGAAAAUGGGAGGAGAUGAUGUCAUGGCCUGUGUUCAUGAUGAUAAUGGAAGAGUUCGAAUCCAGCACUUCUACAAUGUUGGUCAGUGGGCUAAAGAAAUCCAGAGGAACCCUGCAAGAGAUGAAGAAGGGGUUUUUGAAAACAACCGUGUGACGUGUCGAUUCAAGCGUCCUGUCUAUGUUCCCCGAGAGGAAACCAUUGUAGAUCUACACUUGAGUUGGUACUACCUGUUUGCUUGGGGUCCAGCAAUCCAGGGUUCUAUAACUCGACAUGAUAUAGACUCACCACCUGUAUCAGAGCAUGUUGUCAGUAUUUACAAGUAUGAAGAUAUUUUCAUGCCAUCAGCUGCCUAUCAGACCUUCUCUUCUCCAUUCUGCUUGCUCCUCAUUGUUGCACUGACCUUCUAUUUAUUGAUGGGAACUCCAUGA